CCGGGGCCGGGGCCCAGGAGCGCGCGGCCCAGGAGCGCGCGGCCCGGGGCACGGGGCCCGGAGCGGCCGGAGCGCGGGCCGAUCAGCCGCAGACAUGAUGAGCACCAAAGCCUUCACCCUGGUCCCCGCCGUCGAGCGAGAGCAGCUGAUGGGCGACGGGGAGCGGGUGUCACUGGAGUGUGUGGAGUGCUGCGGCCGGAACCUGUACCUGGGCACCAGCGACUGCUUCGUGUACCACUUCCUGCUGGAGGAGAAGACCGUGCCCGGCGGCUCGGCCACGUUCACGGCCACCAAGCAGCUGCACAGACACCUGGGUUUCAAGAAGCCGGUCAAUGAGCUGCGGGCGGCGUCGGCCCUCUACCGGCUGCUGGCGCUCUGUGACGGCUCCAUCACCCUGGUCCACAUGCUGAGCCUGGAGCCCGUGCCCUCGGGCGCCCGCAUCAAGGGGGCCACGGCCUUCGCCCUGAAUGAGAACCCGGUGAGCGGAGACCCCUUCUGCGUGGAGGUCUGCAUCAUCUCCGUCAAGCGCAGAACCAUCCAGGUGUUCCUGGUGUACGAGGACCGCGUGCAGAUUGUCAGGGAGCUGUCCACUCCGGAGCAGCCCCUGGCAGUGGCGGUGGACGGCCACUUCCUGUGCCUGGCCCUGACCACCCAGUACAUCAUCCUCAACUAUAGCACGGGCGUCGCCCAGGACCUGUUCCCCUUCUGCAGCGAGGAGAAGCGGCCCAUCGUCAAGAGGAUAGGGAGACAGGAGUUCCUCCUGGCAGGCCCCGGCGGAUUGGGCAUGUUUGCCACGGUGGCCGGGGUAUCUCAGCGCGCGCCCGUGCACUGGUCAGAGAACGUGGUUGGAGCGGCCGUCUGCUUCCCAUACGUCAUUGCCCUCGACAGCGAGUUCAUCACUGUUCACAGCAUGCUGGACCAGCAGCAAAAGCAGACCCUGCCCUUUAAGGAAGGUCACAUCCUCCAGGAUUUUGAAGGAAGAGUGAUCGUCGCCACGAGUAAAGGAGUUUACGUCUUGGUUCCGUUACCUCUGGAAAAACAAAUACAGGAUCUUCUAGCAAGCCGGAGAGUGGAGGAGGCUCUGGUUCUAGCGAAAGGCGCCCGGAGGAACAUUCCAAAGGAAAAAUUUCAGGUCAUGUACCGGCGGAUCCUGCAGCAGGCGGGCUUCAUACAGUUUGCGCAGCUUCAGUUCCUGGAGGCUAAAGAACUCUUCAGAAGCGGCCAGCUCGACGUGCGGGAGCUGAUCUCCCUGUACCCCUUCCUGCUGCCCACGUCCUCCUCGUUCACCCGGUCCCACCCUCCUCUGCACGAGUUUGCAGACCUCAACCAGCUGACCCAGGGCGACCAGGAGAAGGUGGCCAGGUGCAAGCACUUCCUCAUGAGCUACCUGAACGAAGUCCGCAGCACGGAGGUGGCGAACGGCUACAAGGAGGACGUCGACACGGCCCUGCUCAAGCUGUACACGGAGGCCGACCACGACAGCCUGCUGGACCUCCUGGUCACCGAGAACUUCUGUCUGCUCGCCGACAGCGCCGCCUGGCUGGAGAAGCACAAAAAGUACUUUGCACUGGGGCUGCUCUAUCAUUACAACCACCAAGAUGCUGCUGCCGUUCAGCUGUGGGUGCGUAUCGUGAACGGGGAUAUUCACGACUGCACGCGCUCAGACCUGUACGAGUACGUCGUGGAUUUCCUCACGGACAGCCUCGACCCGGACCUCGUGUGGCAGUAUGCCGACUGGGUCUUGCAGAAAAAUCCGGAGGUCGGAGUUCAAGUUUUCACCAAGAGACCCGUGGACGAACAGGAGAGUAGAUUUAACCCAGAUGAUAUCAUCAGUUGCCUUAAGAAAUACCCGCAAGCCCUGGUUAAGUACCUAGAACAUCUGGUCAUGGACAGGAGACUGCAGAAGGAGGAGUACCACACGCACCUAGCCGUCCUCUACCUGGAUGAGGUGCUGCAGCAGAGGCCCAGCGCCAGCGGCAAGGAUGCAGACGUGACCGAGACGCAGGCCAAGCUACGACGCCUGCUCCAGAAAUCCGAUUUGUACCGAGUCCACUUUCUGCUGGUCGCGGCGUUGGACUGGCACCGCCUGGCGCGGGCCCUGCCGUUUCUAACCAGCAGGUCCCACCUCACAGACAGGACCCGGGGCGCCGGGCUCCCCGUGGAGAGCGCCAUCCUGCACGGGAAGCUGGAGCAACAUGAGGAGGCCCUGCGCAUCCUGGUCCACGAGCUGGCCGACUUCCCGGCGGCGGAGGACUACUGCCUGUGGUGCUCCGAGGGCCGGGCGCCGCCCUACCGCCAGCGGCUCUUCCACCUGCUGCUGGCCGUGUACCUGGGCCCCGGCCCCUCUGCGCCCGAGCUGCCUGUGGCCGCCGCGGACCUCCUGAACCGCCGUGCCGCCGAGUUCGACGCGGCCCGGGUCCUGCAGCUGCUGCCGGGCUCGUGGUCGGUGCAGCUGCUCUGCCCGUUCCUGACGGGGGCCGUGAGGGACAGCGUCCACGCCCGGAGGACCACUCAGGUGGCUGUGGGCCUGGCCAGGUCCGAAAACUUGAUCUACAAGUACGACAAGAUGAAGCUGAAAGGAAGCUCAGUUCGGCUCUCAGACAAAAAGCUUUGCCAGAUGUGCCAAAACCCCUUUUGCGAGCCCGUGUUUGUUAGGUAUCCCAACGGUGGUCUCGUCCACACCCACUGUGCGGCCCGCCGGCACACGAAGCCCAGCUCCCCCAGCCCCGGGGCUCGGACUUGAAGAGGCUGGGCCGAGGGCUCCUUACCAAGCCGGCCGGGCGCACAGAGCAGGAGGCCGCGUCAGCCGUCAUCUGGCGCUGGGGGGCUUCAGUCCGUGGGAUAUGGGGUGCGGCCGACCCCCUGCAUCGGAUGGCAAUGGAUAAAAUCCCCCAAAGAGAGACAUGCCAGAUUCCCCCGUCCAGGGACGUCGCCACCCAAAACAGAUGUCUGCUCUGAAAGGAAAUGAGCCUUCCUGUGCCACCCGGACAGACCAGACCCCGCACGCCGAGCCCCGACCUGUAGACACGUGUUUGCACUGGAAACGUUUGCUCCGACGGCACGGAGGGGACCGCGUCCUGGCGGGCGAGCGGCCAGGGCGCAGAGCUCUCCGUCCUCACCGCCCGGCCUCCGGCCACCCUCCGGGCUCUGCCUCUGCCCUGAGGGACAGCUGGCCUCAGGGAGGUUUCUUUGUUCCUUCCUGCUUCCCACAUCUGGCGUCCAACCCCUAAAAGAUCCGCCUGGGUACCCAGGCCCUCCCUUUGGGGUAAAUUCAUUCGCUUCUGGCUGCCUCGCGAGGGAAGGCCCCGAGAAGCUGUGACGCGCCAGGAGGAGCUGCUCGCAGGUCUGGAGCCGUCGGUGGGGACAGGAGCACACGGCGCAUCGGCCGCCGGUUUGUAACUCCGUGAUUAACGUGUUCAGUUAGAACUUUUCAUUUGGCGUUAUAUCCUCUUGGUGAUUCUUCUCUCUUUUGGAAAUUCACCUCCGUCCUGUUCAUUAGGGAUGUUUUUCUUUGUACCCACCCCCCCAUUGAUUCCUCGAGAAAUUAAAAGGGAAAGGUCUUGAGCACAAGCCGGGCGUGUUUUCCGGGGCGGCUGGUGGUCACCUCCACGCUGGCCAGGGCGGGCCGUGGGUGACGGCUGC